AUGAACAAUUCAGGCGAGUCGCCUAGUUCUGAUGGAUCAAUUGCUGUGGUUGAUCAUCAACCAACUAGUCCCGCUGCAUCGGCUGAUGAUUGGAGUGUAUGCAGUGAGAAGAAUUAUGUUGAGGAGAUUAGUUCAACCAACGGUGAUGAUGAGCAAACCGGACCAUUGACUCCACGCCCCAAAGACGAUGGCGACGAUAAAGAGAAGGAAAAGAAGGAGGACAACUGGGUGGAUUGGGAUGAAUAA